UGCACACAGUCGAGUAUAUAUAAAAACUGGCUUAAUACUACCUCCGGUGAGUUUGAGAAACCAAUUGGUCGUUGCAGCUGUUAAUUAUAGAAGGCUUGAAGCCGAAAAGGGAAAGAAGUUACAGGAGGCUCUAUUGUGGGAAACGGGAUGCGGAAUUCAAGGUCAAGGUCCUCAAGUUAUAACCUGACUGGGACGUAAUUAACGAUCCACAAGACGCAACCGCCGGUCCAUGUGGGACUCGGUAAGAGUCAACUUGUGUGGCUCUGUAGGAAGCAUUCUAGAGAUUUCAGUAUUGGACAAUACAAUACUAUUCCAUCCCUGCAUAUUCAUUCACACGCUUGCAUAAAGUUCCUCCCAAAGAAGCCACGGCGUCGUUUCACUCUCUCCAUUCCCCUCUCUAUCUUAUAUAUACCCCUCCCACCACCACAACAUUAACUUCCGGUCACCAUUUCAUUAAAGCCCGAACUCCCUGACACCGACCUGCGCCCCCUCCCCCACCUUCCGAACAAUCACACUUAUUAUCUCGAAAACGAAAUGAAAAGCAUCUGCUUUCACCCCACGACGCCUUCCUUCUCCGCCACGACCAGCUCUAAUCACUCGCUAUCCUCCGACGCGAGCUCCUCGACGGCAAUGAGCUUUUCUGACUCCAGCAUAGACCGGUGCAUCGAGGAUGCCCAGGCCUUGAUCCACAAGUGGAACCCACAAACUUCUGCCUAUGCCAAAAUCACAUCCCUCUUCUACGACGAUAAAUCUGAGGCCAUGCAUUACAUCAAGUGCGUCAACCAGCUCCACAAGGCCAUGCAUCUUCUCCACUCCCACCAGAAUCCACUCUCCUCCCAAAAGCUCAUUCUCGCCAACAACUUGAUGCAGCUGGCCAUGAAGAGGCUUCAAAAGGAGUUCUACCAAAUCCUAUCCAUCAACCGGGCCUUCUUAGACCCCGAAUCACUCUCCACCGUUAGGACAUCAUCCGCCUCCGUCAGUUCCACCGUUUCCGAUUUCGACGUCGAAGAUGCUACUGCUCCUGAGGACGACCUACGAAUUGCCGUCGAUUCCAUCUCUGAACUGGAACAAGUUUCUACGCUCGCCACCAGGGAUCUUAGGUCUAUAGCCACGUGUAUGAUCUCUUGCGGAUAUGCGAAAGAAUGUUUGAAGGUCUAUAGGGUCAUUCGAAAAUCCAUCAUCGAUGAAGGCAUUUAUCGGUUGAACUUGGAUAAAUUGAAGCCUUCCCAAGUUAAUAAGAUGGACUGGCAGAUUCUUGAUUUGAAAAUCAAGAUAUGGUUAGAGGCAGUGAAGGUUGCAGUGAGGACGCUCUUCAACGGAGAGAGGAAGCUGUGCGAUGAUGUCUUCGCCACUUCGGAUUCCAUCAGAGAGAGUUGCUUCGCCGAUAUUUCCAAAGACGGAGCCUCUAUUCUAUUCGCAUUCCCCCAGCACGUCGUCUCCAAAGUUAAGAACUCGCCGCCGGAGAAGAUGUUUCGGGUGCUUGACAUGCACAUUGCGUUGACUUCACUAUUGCCGGAGAUCCAAUCCAUCUUCUCUUUCUACUCGACCUCCGAAAUUUUAAAUCAAGUCCAAAAUUCUCUGCUCCGACUCAGCGAAUCCGUCCGAACGAUGCUUUCACAUUUCGAGUCCACGAUCCAAAAGGACCCAUCUAAGUCGUUGGCAAAAUCGGGAGGAGUUCACCCGCUGACCACACAAGCUAUGGACUGCCUCUCAAUCCUCUCGGAUUACAGUAACGUCCUCUCCGAGAUAUUCGCCGACUGGAGUCCACCGCCAAAGUCGCCAGUGCCAGAGUAUUUACUAGAAAGUCCAGAUUCUAACGAAGCGUCAUCAACGAUGCCAUCGUUCUCCGCUAGAAUACCUUGGCUGAUUUUCGUUCUUCUCUGUAAGCUCGACAGCAAGACAAAGCAUUGCAAGUGCGCUUCACAAUCGUACCUGUUUCUGGCAAACAAUCUCCAGCACGUGAUAGACACAGCAAGAAACUCGAACUUGCAAUACGUGCUGGGCGACGAGUGGAUCGGGAAGCACGAAGCGAAGGUGAAGGGAUUCGUAAAUAAGUACGAGAAGUUGGCGUGGGCCGAAGUAAUUUCGUGCUUGCCGAGAAAUCCAAAGGCUGCGAUGACGGCGGAAGAGGCGAGGGUCAUAUUCAGGAACUUCAACUUCCGUUUUGAGGAGGCAUACCGGAAGCAGAAUUCAUACACGGUACCGGCCAGGAGAUUAAGAGAGGAAAUCAGGGAAUCGAUAGCGCGAAAAAUGGUGCCGAUGUACGAGGAGUUUUAUAUGACGCACAGGACGACUGUGGGAUCAGUGAGAGAGAUGACAAAGUAUGUGACAUUUCAACCCGACGACGUCAAAGGUUAUCUGGCGAACUUGUUCUUUGCCGGUAUAAAUUCUGGCAGCGUGACGACGUCGUCUUCCCCGUCAUUGUCUGCUUCGUUGGCAUCAUCUCCUCGACGGCAGCAUUAGAUUGGACGAAGUGAGGGAUCAGAGUCAAUCAAGACCACGUAAGCAGAUUGGAUUUUUUUUUUUUUAUGUGUGAUG